GCGAAUAGGGUGUGACCGGAUCGAAGUGAUGAUAGGUCGGUUGUGAACUCGGGGGCCGGACAUUAGGCAGCCUGUUUGUGAUGUUAAUCAUCGCGGACCUCACAUUUAAUAGUCCAAAAGCGGAUAGCCGAGAACAAUGGAGCGUGUGCUCAGUAGGCCUGGAGACUCUGACCCCAUCUUAGCAGCUAAUUUACAUUCGGGUCUUCGCCCCCUCCAGCAAAGCUUUCCCGAUCGCAUCUCACAGUUGAUCAACGGUGCGCAAAACAAUACGGUCAGUGGUGGCGGGAGCGAACCAUUGUCCGGUGGAACAGCGAGCUUUAACGUUGGCGAACGAGCGCGGACAGGCCUGGCACUUGCAAUGGACUUGAUCCGUAUGCCUAAUGUCGUCGACAAGACGGAACACUCUACUUCCGUAUUGUCAGCAGCAAUCAACCGAACAACCACACCGGUUUGUUCACCUCCAGUUGUAUCCACUCCGGUGACCUACACGAGGCAGUCUUCCGGUUUCAAUGUCAGUCCGAAUGGAUACACAGAUCUGGAAUCGGCUGGACCGGUUCGGGCCGAUGCAAUGGGUGACACAGCUCAUCCACCGAAGAAGCUUACCAGUGAUGAUAUUCCCGUUCUGGAUUCCUUUCCCGGCUAUUAUGGUUUCGAUCUAUAUCGCCCUCUCUGUGGAGACACUUACGAAGCAUCUGAUACGAAACCAAGUACUGCAUUUUUCUUUUUCAAGGAUGAACAUGGCUGGACAAAUUUGUAUUCGAAAAAGACACCCACUUGGUGGACACUUUCCUAUUGGUGCCAGAGACAACCGCCAGAAGGAUCUUUUAUUCGUCUGACUCCUGUGUACGGAACGGCAGAUAAGCAACAAGAGGUCAUUCAACGAUGCUUUGAAGACUUUAUGUCUGUACCAACCAGUGCCAUGUCACGGUAUAGCAUUGUUCUCGUGGGGAACUCCCUGGCCGACUACUUUUUUGAUCCAGUGACGGAACGCCUGUGUGUUACCUUACCGUAUGAACGACCGAAAGAGGGAUGCGAAUACAGUCAAUUCAACGGAAAAUUCAUGUGCUUCAACAGCUGUCUUUACAACGGUGGUCAAGGCAACAAAAAGCCGCUGUUUUUGAUUAUCACCCUGGAACGCCUGGUUGCCGGAACCGAACCAAGCAAAGGACAAUGUGAGGUUCUCGGUCGUCAGUGCAUCAAGUUCCGCAGUUGUGCUUGUCCCAAACGAGACAAAGAAAACAGUGAACGGCGAACAGGAGAGCUGAGCAGUUAUCACAUGGCAGGUUUUGGAAAGCGAAAGAAGGAUGGAGAUCGCACUGAUCGAAGCGGGAAGAAAGGCCGUUCACACAGUAUCGACUUCACAACAUCCACAGCCAAAUCCGCUCGACAUCCCGCCAGUCGAUGGGGUUCACCUACAACAGAAUCCCACAUUCACGGCAGUAACGUGGAUGAUGGGUUCGAAGUUAGACACAGUGCUGACCAGUAUGGGGAUGCUGAGGUUGGUCAGACAGUGAUCAACUACAACGGUAGAUCUUACCAUCUGCUUCUGGUUCCCACAGGCCUACCUGGAGGUAUAGAGACGCUGUCCGGUGUGCGGCUAGGCUUGCUACGCACCUGGCUGUACACAUCAGCCAACAAUAUCAUGGACAAAAAGAAUGGUGGACUGAUCAGCACCGGACCGACAGAUCAAACGGCCAUAAAGCCGGAAGUGGAUGCGGACAAGGAGACAACGCUUCCAGCAAACGAUUCUGACGAUGUCUACUCAAGUCCGGUGAAUGGUCGAGCAAGUGUGGACAGUGCACUACAGCAAUUACUUGUAGCAGAAAUGCAGCUUGCUCAUGUAUUACGAGAACGCUUUGUCCAGAAUCAGGGGCCAUACCAUCACAGCAGGGACUCCACUGACUCCCAGCCGAAUUCCGAUGGAGCCGUGGGACUUGGACUUGGUUCUUUGGACGAAUCUGUGAAUCCGGGACAAGAAUUUUCCCAGGCUUGUGCGGUCGGUCCGUUGUCAAGCGAUUCCGGCAUUUCUACCGAUCUUGGUCAGCAGCAUCAUCAUCUUUCUCACCCACAACAUCUUGGACAUCGAAACUCCAUGGGAUUCACACAGCAGUCACAUUUGAUCAGUGACAUGUUUUCUGCCGCGCCUACCACCCACAGGGGAUCCAUACUUCCAGGGACAGCGGUAAACACAAGUUCAGCUGGAUCCUAUGAGGUGGACUAUGCGUCAAGAUUCAGUGCUCCGUCAAACAACCACUUAUAUACUUCAAAUCAGAGCAACGAACACCCAGCAGACUUGCGGAGCUCACUAGGCUAUGCUUAUCCAGCAGAACUCAUUGGGACGUACGCACUAGUACAACAAGCUUCAGCAUCUCCAGGAUCCACGAUUUCCUCCGGACAUCCAUCCCUUCCUGCAAAACCUCAAUCAGUCCCCGUACGAAACGCCGGUACUAGACAGAACAUCGGAAGCUCUAUGAGUGUGCCGGAGAGCGUUGCCACAGCGCUGUCCGUUAAUUUGAAUCACGCCUUUACCUCAUCUGCAUUUUACCCCACCCAUUAUUUUACCGCUCGACCAAACAGUUCCUCAGAUCAGACUUCCAGUCUGUUGGAUAAUUUCUCUCGGAACCAGCUUGUCGCCUCAGUGUCAGGAGCGCAAUCGAAUUUCUGCUUCCAUCCUUCUGUGGGAAACGGUGCAUUAGCGGAAACUUUACUUCUCCCGGAAGAGGUACUAAGUAGCUACUUGGAGCGAGACAAGGGUUAUGAUGAGGCCAACGGUGUGACCCACACAAGCAUCGGACGUCAUCCAUAUCGCCGGAGUCCAUCGUAUAGUUCAUCUCCUCCAAUCUCACCAAACUCUGCAUGCUGUGAGAAGGUUGUCAUCUUAGACAUGUGAACCAGAAUCUUCCUCAAGGGUUGCCACGUUUAUCGGACCAAUUGCAUGAACCUAUUCCCCUUCCUAUUAGAAAACACAACAGCCUUCAGUCGAUCAGCAUCUGAACUACACUAUAUUACGCUUUUUUUCCAUAUUUUUUCUACCCUGGCAUCGGGCGGUUAUUUUUUUGCAAUUUGUAUAGUAAAAUCCUUUCCCCAGUUCAAUACGUUCGUUUGGUUUGCAAAAUAUAAUUG